AUGGACGAAAGCUGCCCAUCGCAAAAUGGACUGACUCAGCCCCACGUUCAUUAUUCAUUUUUGAAAACCGCAUCCGAAGGCCUGCUGCUGAGCGAGGAGGAUUUCCAUUCCAGUGCAUGCGACUCUCUGGAGUCUGAUUCAGAAAGCCUCGCUGAAGAAAAACAAUAUCAGUUGGAACUUCAGCAGCGGAUCCAUAACAGUGAAGCACAGCUGAGCCAGUCUUACUAUGAAUUGGAGCAAGACAGCUUAGAGGAAGACAGCCUGGAGGAGAAACCCUUGAGUGAACCAGAAGAGUCAGAUGUGGAAGAAGCACAGAUUCCCACUGGAACUACUUGCGGAAAGGAAGACCAUAGUAAUAAUUCAAGUAGCAAAGAGGAAAUCACAGACAGGUACUCUGAACUGCGAUACAAUCCCAACUGGAAGAACGAGGGAGAAGGCAGCGUUGUAGAGUUAAAGAAAUCACACUCGCAGGAUGCCCAAGGCUCACCGUUCGCCUCUCUCGAUAUGGCCUGCAGUCCUUCCCAAGACAGGCUCACACCUAUGGAUCAUCACCUUGAAGGGGGACGGGAAGAUACUUCAUCCAUCUCUGACAGUGAGCCGCUGAGCUCUUGCGCUACACCUGCAAUUGUUAGCAAUCGAUCUCAUCCAUCAGCUAAAAUUGGGGAGCAAGAAGGGAAAGCUGCAACUGCCUGCCAGGACAGCAGCAGUUCCAGUGUACACAGUGGCUUUUCUGCCCAAAUGAAAUACCUCAAAAGGCAGAGUUCCAAAAAAGACUUUAUAGGAAAGAACAAAGUGACGCUGGGAUUAGCAGCCCAACAGAAUAACUCCUACCUUCGGCUCCAUAGUAAAAAGCAAAGGGAAGGCCUUCCGGGACAGGCUCACCAGUGCAAAGGGCCUGAGAUGACAGGAGCAGCAGGCUCAAGCCAAGGUCCAUCCCUCAAAGAAAGCUCCAUCCAGUAUCCAAUAGGAGCUCAAGUAGAACUAAGAGGGCAGCAUGGUGGACAUCACAAUGAGUUAGAAUUUGAGAACAAUCCAACGAAUUCCAACUCUUCCAGAGACAUUCCCAAUUUGGAGCAGGACGGCAGAAGUUUGUUACAUUGUAGGUUGUAUCCAAAUCCACCUGUCGCUCUUCUCUGGCCUUCGGUUGCCACAAGGACUCAAGACAUCCACUUCCACGCAGGUCCAAUCUACGUUGUUCACCAAGAUGGCAAGGAGACUUCCAUGAACUUGACUUUUGCUAGGGAUCCUCCUCUGCUGAGUUCAUACCCAAACGUUCCUGAGUUUCAUUUGCCAUGUACCAGUGAGAACAAGAAAGACCAACAGAAUCCCGAAAACCCUUCUGGGUACCAGCAACGCUCCCCACGUAGUUGUGCCAUUUCAGAGCCUCACUCCCUCCCCAGACAUGGCAAGCAUCAGAACCCUUUAGGGCACCAAAAAAUUUCAUCUGCUUACGAUCCUGGACUCCGACAGCCGGUAAACAAAGGAUUUUCGUCGUGCAAUUCCAGAAACAUUUAUAGUGAGGACAUCCGUAGCAGCUAUGUUUCUGGCAACCCGGGGCCACCCCAGUCGCCCACCCACCACCUGACAGGACCUCCGUCUCCAACCGAGUGGCUCAUCCAGGCGGCCGAGAGGCAUCACCGGGAAAUCUCUCAGCUGGCCGACGACCACCUGGCCGCCAUGCUCCCGCCCGUAAUUCAGAGGCGGGGGAGCGACUCGCGACUCAACGCAGAGAGCAGCAGAGAAUGCCAGCCUUUCCUGAGCCGCAGCAAUUCCGAAGGCUACCUGCUUCACAUGGAAAAGCAAAACGAGAAGAAGGAGAAAGAGAACCGGAAGGUUUCUAGGAUGAAGGGCUACAUAAAAAUGGACGUGAAGCUCGGGGGCCUGGGACCUGACUACGAGACGAUGAAAGAGAAAGCAGAGAAGAUCAAGCAGCAAAAGGAAUACGCCAAGCAGAUCAAGGAGCACAACAUGAAGAACAUCAUCAGCGCUGGGAGGCCGCCACCCAGACCUGAGAAUAAGUUGGUGGUGUCGAGGCAGAAGGCCCUAGAAUAUGCCAAGAAAAUCCCUAAGCCAAAAAUUGUCCUAUCAAAGCCGGAACAAGAGCCCAAAGACGAGAAGAUGCUGGCGCGUACUUUAAAUGGCGAGAAUUUGCCUCCCAUUUCAUCUCUGGAGUCUCUGCAGAACAGGCACGAAAGGGAGAAACAGGUCGUGGCCGCCUUCAAAACCCUCCAUAUUGUAUGA